AAAGCCAAUUCCGAAAGAAUACGUUGGUGUGCGGUUGUUAUAGCUUGUAGGCUAUAACUAGGAUACUGUAGGCAGAUGUUUUGAGUGUAACAGUUGUGUGCGCUUCAUAUUUUCAAACUUUUUUGGCCUUACAAUUAACGAGCAAUGAGGAGCAUCGAAGUUCUAUUAACUUUUUUGGUGUUAUUGGUAUCUUUCACUGCCGCAGAUGAACGCUGUAUAAAAAACUGUCAGAGAGACUUCGAUCCGUCUAAUUUGUGGUAUGUUUGGGUGAUUCUUGUAUUUAUAUCUGCGCUACUUGGAUGCGGAUUUAUCGCCAGCUGCAUCAAGAUGUGCUGUAGAUCGAAUAAGCCACCUGUUCCGGUGUUUGAGAGCCACCCCCUUGAAGUCACCGUAAUUUCCAUCGAUCACCAUCAAAACACAAUGCGCAACAUAAGCCCCGCUCCCUCCUUUACCCAAUCGCACGCGCCCCGCCCGUUCACGACUGCAGCGGACAGCUUCUCCCCUCCGCCCUACAACCUGUGCACCCUGGACAGCCUGCCGCAGUACGACGAGGCUUUGGCCAUGCCCGCCAACGCGCUGGCACGCGUCGGCAUCGGAAACGCCGAGGACCUCCCCGAGGAAUUCUACGAGACGCGCUCGCCCGACGGGGAGGGGGAGCCGACGGAGUUCACCUGGGAGGCCCCGCGGCGAGAGGGCCUCCGGGACACGCCGGACUACGCGGCGUGGGAUGAGGAGGAGGAGGAGGAGCCGCCGGCAUACGAGCUGUACGGCGGCGUGGCCGAGGACGAAUUUAACGAAGUGGACCUGGAUGAACUUGACCCCGCCGAGAGGCACGGGGAGGACGUCGACACCCGCGAACAAAACGUCUGAAGCCGGACUUCGCAAAAAAAAACCCCUGUCACGAAGCCGGGAGAUGAACCCAAGGACCCAGACCGCUCUAGAAGUGCAAAGGUCUUGCACUUGGGGGCAAGGAAUGGGAGCGUCGCCCGCCGGAAGACAAAAGGCACCAACGCGCAAAAUCAGUUUGGGUUUGUUUGUCUAGCUGGAGCCUGUGCCCUAUGGCCUACACUCCCCCCCCCACCUCCAUUUCACCACAUGCGUUCGGCUCUGAUAAGGCGCUGUGUCACUGUUUACAGUCAUGGCUGCUUCAGGCGCGCAUGACCGAGCCUUUGCUUUGGUGAAAAACAGAGGGAGCGGAGAGGGCUUCCUGCUCUUGUGUGAAACCCUCAUUGUUCUCGUCGUGAAAAAAAAAGGGCCAACACCGCCCCCUGCCUCCCCCACGCGCCCCCCCCCCCCCCCCCCCCCCGCCCCCCGCCCCCCCAACCCUCGGCCCACUCUGUCGUCUGUCAGGUUUAACUGGAGUUUGGCCUCGGUAAUUAUUUUUACAUCAGAGACAUUUCACUGAACACCAGAGACUGAGUCACCUGUUACUGUUGUUCCUGGUACUAAGAGUAUUUAAGGGUGUUAUCAAAUACCCAAGCGCUGAAAUCUCUCUUGCCCAUUAAGGUUUGGUCUGAAGUGCUUAUCUUACAAAAUCACUACCCGGACCUAUUGUUUCGUUUUAAUCUCUGAGGUAUAUAAAUGCGUAUCUGCACAGAUACCAAAAGAUUUUUUUUUAAUUGGCACACAUUUUGUGCCACACAUUGGUUUGUAUUGAAGCUACCAUGUGACCACAUGCACAUGUAUUGACUGAAUCCUAUAUCGUAUAUGUCCACGACUUGCUGCCUUUGUGUGUAUAUGUUGUUUAAUAUGUACAUGGAGAUAUAUUUUUAUUUGUGUGUUUUGAACUUUCAGUAUUUACUAAAUGUUUUUUUAAUGAUUGUUUAUGCUGGUUUACAGGAAUUUUGUACAUAGAUUUUCUUGAUAAUUGUUUUAAUAAGUGCCAGCACAGAUUGUUGUUUUAAAUAUUGUUUUAAAAACAAUGAAUGUCACAUACUUUCUUGUUAUCGACUCUAAGUAUCUUCCAACUCUUGACACAUGUUGUUUGUAAUUGAUACAAAUUAUUUUGACAAAAUCUAUAUAAAGUACAGAAAUACAGGGCUUCCGUGAUGUUGAAGAUAUUUAGUGUAUGAAAAUUUGUCUCGGCAUUUUCUACAGGGAGUGCAAAAUAAAUAUUUACAAAAGUCUGAUGUCUUUUGGAUGAGGCAGAAUAGGAAAUGUGUACUGAAGUAAGGAUUUCAGCCAGUUCACUUGUUGCAAGUAGCAAGCAAAUGGAUCUGCACAAGAUUUCUUGUGACACCUGUCUUUUUCCAGAUAUUUCCUGCUAUCUAGUGAUAGUAUACUGGAUUUUAUUCAUUUAUUUGUAUCUAUUCUUGACUGGAUGUUUCUAGUACAAAACACUGUGUAAGUACUAUUGGUACUUAUUAGGUAGUUCCUUGAAGAAAGCUAGUCAGCUAUAAUUUUCAGAGCAGCUUUGUGAAAUUAUUUAUUUGCUCCUUGCUGAUUGUCAUCGUGCUGACUUAGAAUAGCCUACUUGCAAUUAAAAUAAAAUUUAAAAAAAACUGUGUUGCCACAGGUUUGGCCUGUGCUUCAGAUCUUACAGCAAAUCAGAGGUGGAAAGUCCAGGGCUCAGAAAGUAAAAGGCCUGCCAUGUAUUUCUUCCACCCAUGAACUCAGUUCAGUUCUACCCCCGGGCUAAAGAACUGUGCUCAUUAGCACAGUCCAGGCGAUUGGAACAAAACACUGAAGGGGACCUUUACUGUCUUUUGCCUGGACUUUCCACCUCUGCGGCACAUUCAAAUGAACGUGAACAUUAAUAGCAAACCACGGUCCAUGAAACAUUGAAAAUGCAACAUAGAAAAAUGCGCAAUUUUAAAAACGUGCUCUUAGAAGAACAGAAAGUUUUUUACUGAGAAUCAUUCAAUGAAUCCUGAAAGGAGGUAUCAUUCUCAGAAUGCCAACUUUCUCAUUUUAAAAUAACGUGUAUUGAAGUUGUAAAUCGGACAAAACAAUUAAAAAUCUGAUUAAAAUGUUA